AGAGAUGCUCAUCGUGAGAGAGAGAAAGAGAGUGUGAGAGAGAGAGAGAGAGAGAGACCACUCGGUGUUCAGUGUGUCGGUCGCAUACAACGAUUUCACACAGGCGCACCUUGAUUAAACUUUCUGCUACAUCAAACCGUGGUUUCUACACAGCCAUCAAGGAAGAGGACUAUGAGGGUGAAGCCCAGCUCCCUUAAAGGACGUAAAAACCAGUGCAGAUAGAGGAUUGGCGUUCUGUGCAAAUACCACAAUUCCACCAUGAGGACUUGCUUGCUGACCAUGAUAUGGGCGUACUUGUCCCUUUAUGUGAACUCCACAUCUAUUAGCAGAAAGACUGUGUUAGAGAUGGGAGGAGAGGAGGACAGAGAUGGAGCAAAGGGAGGGAAGAUACUGAAACGUUUCAAACGAGGAUGGAUGUGGAACCAGUUCUUUCUACAGGAAGAGUACACUGGGAGUGAUAAGCAGUACAUUGGCAAGCUUCAAUCUGACAUGGACAAGGGGGAUGGAACCCUGAAGUACAUUCUAACUGGGGACGGGGCUGGAGACAUAUUUACUAUUGAUGAAAACAAUGGUGACCUCCAUGCCAAUAAGAGACUGGACAGAGAGGAGAAGGCCUUCUAUACCCUCCGAGCCACCGUAGUCAACAAGAACACAGGCCUGAAACUGGAGCCUGAGACAGAGUUCAUCGUUAAACUUCACGAUAUCAAUGACAAUGAGCCUAAAUUCGCAAAGGAACUUUACAUUGCCAGUGCACCUGAGAGGUCUAAUAUAGGUACUUCAGUCACCCAGGUAACAGCCACGGAUGCAGAUGACAGCAUGUACGGGAACAGCGCUAAACUACGAUACAGCAUCAGCCAGGGGCACCCAUACUUCUCUGUGGACCCAAACACAGGUAUCAUCAGGACAGCCCUGGGGCCUGGAGAGAUGGACCGGGAGAAGCGGGAGCACUACCAGGUGGUGAUUGAGGCCAAGGACAUGGCGGGCCAAAGGGGAGGCUUAACUGGUACCACCACAGUCAACAUCACCCUGACCGACGUCAACGACAACCCCCCACGCUUCUCUCAGAGUAUAUAUCAGUUCAGCGUUCCAGAGUCUAUAAAAACUGGAAUCCCAGUUGGGAGAAUCAACGCAGUAGAUAAAGACCUUGGGAAGAAUGCGGAGAUGUACUACAGUGUUGUCAGUGGGGAUGGUUUGGACAUGUUCGAUGUCAUCACGGACAAAGACUCACAGGAAGGCAUCAUUACAGUUCUAAAGCCGUUAGACUAUGAAAAGACCCGAACCUAUACACUGGAGAUCCAGGUACAGAACACUCAGACCUUGGACACUCGCUUCCUGGGGUACCUACCCACCAAGGACAUGGCCACAGUCAGGAUCGGCAUAGAAGAUGUGGAUGAGCCUCCUCUGUUUGAGAAAGCCAGCUACAUGAUGGAGGUGAAGGAGGAUGCAGCCGUGGGUACUGCAGUAGGGUCUGUCAGGGCUAUGGAUCCGGAUGGAUACAACAGUCCAGUCAGGUACUCCAUUGAUCGUCGUACUGAUCUAGACAGGCUUUUCAACGUGCAUUCUGGGAAUGGGUCCAUAUUUACCAUAAGACCUCUUGACCGAGAAGAAGUCGCCUGGCACAACAUUUCUGUUAUCGCAACAGAGUUCAACAAACCUCUGCAGACCAGUUGGGUGCCAGUCUAUGUCCGUCUUCUAGAUGUCAACGACAACGCACCCAAGUUCGCCUCUUUCUACGAGACAUUUGUUUGUGAAAAGACUAAGGCUGGACAGAAGAUCCAGACGGUGAGUGCUGUGGAUGCAGAUGACCCGGUGGGUGGACACAAGUUCUUUUUCAGUCUGGCUAUGGAGGGGGCUUACAGAGGCAACUUCACAGUCAAAGACAAUGGCGAUAACACAGCUGGCGUCCUAACCCGGCGCUCCAGCUACAGCCAACUGCACAAGAGCAUCUACCUGGUUCCUGUGGUGAUCACGGACGGGGACUUCCCCAUGCAGAGCAGCACGGGGACGCUGACGGUGCGCGUGUGCACCUGCGACCGCGAAGGCAACAUGGAGCUGUGCAACGCCGAGGCCCAGACCAGCUCAGCUGGACUUAGCACCGGGGCCCUGGUGGCUAUCCUGCUGUGUGUCAUCAUCCUCCUCAUGAUCAUAGUGCUGUUUGCUGCUCUGAAGAGGCAGAAGAAGAAGGAGCCUCUGAUCAUCUCUAAAGAGGACGUGCGAGACAACGUGGUCAGCUACAAUGACGAGGGGGGCGGAGAGGAGGACACCCAGGCUUUUGACAUCGGGGCUCUGCGUAACCCCGAGGCCAUCGAGGAGAGCAAGCAGAGGCGGGACAUCAUCCCGUCGGGCACUCUGUACCCCCCUAUCAGACGGACAGCCAUCCCGUCGCGGGACAACGCAGACGUCCGGGACUUCAUAAACCAGCGGGUGCAGGAUAACGACAGUAACCCCACCGCCCCCCCUUAUGACUCUCUGGCCACAUAUGCCUACGAGGGAACCAGCUCAGUGGCUGAGUCUCUGAGCUCCUUGGAGUCAGCAUCCUCUGAAGGGGACCAGGACUACAACUACCUCAGUGACUGGGGGCCCCGCUUCAGGAAACUGGCUGACAUGUACGGGGCUGAGGACAGCGACCGUGAAUCCUAACACACCACCUGAACUGUUUGUGGGUGGGAGCUAGGAGGAUGACUUAUGCCUGACUGUAAUCUGUCUUCUCAGAAAAGAAGAUACAUGUUGCAGCCCAAGUUUUUUUACAAAGUGCCCUUUUAUUCCUUCCAACUCAGUAGGCCAUAGUUCCUUCUGACGGCCAGACCAGACAGAGACUGUGCAGCUGUGUGGAUUUGUUUUACUGCAAGGCCAACCUUUGAAGAGAGGAUGAACUUCAGUCCCCCAGUUGAAGUUCAGUGUAAAAAAAACACAACUAUAAAAAGAUACAUUUAUUUUUCAUUUCUGUUUACGUCUGUCACUCUAUGCUGCAUUGGAAGGAAAUACAACACUGAUUACACAUUUCUCUGAAUACUUCUGUGUAUUCUUAAGUGAUAUCUCCUUUAGUUCCUCUGUACUGUUACUAAAGUGCAGUAUGUUGUACUUGGUAUAUUUGUGUGUUUUAGUGAAAUGGAACUUUGCUUUUCCAGGAACAAGGAACUGGAAUUGAACAUAUCUUAAGAUAUUCUUCAUUCCUUUUUUUGAAAAGUUCAAAUUCUUAAAAAGGAAGGAAAGCCCAGCACCAAAA